AUGACCACCCUCUUCCCGCUACCCUGCCCUACUUUACCAGAGUUCACAACACUACUAGUUGCUGGCCCCUUGCAUGCCUCAGCGCCCAUACAUCUAUGCUUAUCUCAUCUUGCAACCAGGCCUGAUAGCACUGCCCUACUGCUCUCACCUUCGCGCCAAACUUAUCUUAAUGCAUUGAUUGAUCUAAACGACGACUGGCUGAACGAAUGCGGCGGAUUCGGCGCUGUGUCGUCUUUGCUCUCAAACGUCACGUCGCUUUACCCACCGACACCAAUGCACAUGUGCACAGUGCUUUCAAUGCUCAAAGUUGUUGAGCAUACGGACGAGCCGACAUUCACAAGUAAAGCUCCCGUCGCAGCGCCACCGGCCAUGAUAGUAUUGAGCCAGCUCUCGAAUUACUUCGCCGAUGACCCAAACGCGACGUUGUCUUCAUACCUGGGACUUGUCGCGUCGGCGCUCGAGACAAUCUCAUCUUUUGGAACAACAAUUACGGCGCUUGUUGUCAUCGACAGCGGCCUCCACGAACUAAAGCUGCCCCUUGUUGAAGGACCCGGCGACGGAGGGCGUGCUUAUGCUCGUCAUUUUGCCCUUGAUCAUGUCGGGCAGUACUUUGAAUGGGUUGCGCUCUUUGAACGAGGCGAUACACCACAGAACGACGAGCGUGCUAGUAGCAAACAUCUUACGCUUUCGAAGAUUGGUGCGAAAACCGAGGAUGUCGUGUUCUGGAGCUGGGUCGAGGCGAGUGCUGUAGGGCGAAGAGCUUUCUCUGAACGUGUUGGGACAGUGUUCGGUUGGUCGGAAGAACCUGACACGCCAGGGCCAGACUCACAGGCUUCUGUCCAAUCUCUCUGA